GGUAUAAGAGGGUAUAAUAUGUAUAAAUUGGUAUAUGAAGGUAUACGUAUAUAUACAUAGAUAUGGGAAGGAUGGGAUAGAUAUGGAAGGGUAUAAAUGAGAGAUGCAUGGCAUGGGAAAGAAGGGAGGGGGGAUUCGGGAGGGAAGGGAGGUAAGUAUGGGUAUAGGUAAGGGGGGUAUAGGUACUAAGAGGGGGUGGGGGUUACGGGAAGCGUGCCAGGGAAGGGUCGGAUCUAUAUAUUCUCUCUAUUCAGUAUACUCGGUGUACAGACCGGAUCCCGCACCGUGGAAGCUACAGCUCCGACUACCCGACCAAUCAGAGCAGGUGUAAGCAGGACCUGGAGCCAAUACCGUACCCGGAGAUUUAAAACACGGACCCAGCGUAAUGAACUAAGGUUAGCCUGCAUUAAAAAUAACUCCGGCUCCGGCCCUGGCUCCCAGUACACCUCCUUCCUUCUAUGGUUCGUUACGAACUACUUGGACAAAUCUGCCGAGAAAUGAAUUCUCCAGCUUUCCAGUUGCUUGUAAACUGCUAGAGAGGUGAAAGCAAUAUUUUGUUGGUCGCGGGGCGCCUCAUGUACGUGAAAGCUGGGAAAGUCUAGAGUAAAGGCUCUUAACACUUGUACUACUGGUUCGAAUAGAAAGCAAAGAUGUUGAUCAAGACUGUUAACUAUAAACACGAGUAGAUGAAAGCGAUAUUGCAGACCUUCUGUAUCCUCAGUGUCUAGGGGUACAUGGAGAAGAUGACGUCCUAUCUGACGGAAGCAGCUGAGACCCUGGAGUACCAGUCCUACGACUACUCACUCCAGAACAAAACCAUAGAUAUGAUCGGAGAGGAGUUUGUAAAGAAAGAAGAUGAGAAUGUGAUAAUCACCAGCUCCGGGAAUAUUAGAACCAUGUCAAACACUACCUCCCUCCCUUCCCUCACAUACACAACCACAACCAUCCCCACCAUCUCAAGUGGGGAGGAGACGGGGGUCCUGUACUACAACCUUGAUGAUUUAUCCAGAUAUAUACCAGAGAACUUUAGUUUUGAUUUGAGUGAGGGUAUGGGGGAAGGAAGUAUAGGUUUAGAGCAUCAGGAGAUGCUGAACCCGAGCAGUACACGCUCUAUGAUGAUAUCUGUACCUGGAGAUAGAGGAACCAGUCAAUCUUUCUCUAUUCAGGUAAACAUAGAACCAAAUCUUUUACUCAUCUAAUCCUUAGUGAUUCAU